GUCUAUGUGAGUGGCCGGCAUAACAGUGGGUCCUAUUGCGUUCCAGAGCACAGAGAGUAGAUACAGGCAUGAAACAUACCUACUCAAAUAGAAAAAUAGUGUACACGUUAUAUUUAUUAAAAUAAUACCCUGAGAAUCGAACAUAUUUAACAACAUUAAAUAGUUUAACUCUCGUACUCUAUUAAAAUUAUAUGUCGUAAAAUAAAACGCAAUACACACAAAAAAUAAACAUAUAAAUAAAAUUAUUAUGCCAAAGUAUUUUUAACUUUCUUUGACAUUUGAUAAUGCUAAAAAUAUCGUUAGCUUAAACUUCGAGUCACGGAACACAAAGUAAAUAUUAUGAUUCUUUGCGAUCAAAAAUUUUGAGAGUCCUUUUUAAAAAAUGCGAUUGAUUAGACUAUUACAAAGAUUAAAGGUCACUAUAAAAACGCCAAACACAGUGUCGAAACGACCUUACUGUGAUAACGUGCCUAAGCCGCUCCGUAGUUUGAAACCCAAGUCUACUAGAGAUACAGUUCAGCAUUAUGUAGAUUCCUUUCGCGUUAGGACUGUCGGAGGAAAUGGAGGUGACGGCUGCAUAUCCUUCCUAAGUGUAUGGUGUAAAGAUCACGCCGGUCCGGACGGUGGCGAUGGUGGAAAUGGAGGUCAUGUCAUAUUUAAGGCAACAAAUUCUGUACGAAGUUUAAAUCAUUGUAAAGCAGUCAUACAAGCGAAGCCCGGAGAGAAAGGAUUCAACAAAGACUGCAGCGGCAAGAAUGCUGGACACGUCAUUGUCAAUGUACCAAUAGGUACAAUAAUAAAAAACCAAAAUGGUCAAGUGAUUGGGGAUUUGGACAGGGAGGGGUUGAUGUUUGUUGCGGCGCGGGGUGGGGCGGGAGGUAGAGGAAACAAAUUUUUCCUCACGGACACAGAACAGGCUCCGGACAUAGCAGAGUUCGGGGCUGCAGGCGAAACAAACAUUUACCAUCUGGAGGUACGCUCACUGGCCCACGUCGGGUUGCUGGGGUUCCCGAAUGCCGGGAAGAGCACCGUGCUGAGAGCCAUAUCGCGCGCGCGGCCCAACGUCGCACCGUAUCCCUUCACGACGCUGAAGCCGCACAUCGGCACGAUACUGUACGACGACUACGAGCAGGUGGCGGUGGCCGACCUCCCGGGGCUGAUCCCUGGCUCACACAUGAACUACGGCCUGGGUAUACAGUUCCUGCAGCACGUGGAGAGGUGCCGAGGGCUGGUUUUCCUGCUGGACGGCAGCUCCUCGCCCGGGGACCAGCUCCGCGUGCUGCGCCGUGAGCUGCGGGGGUACAGCGCCGCACUGGCGCGCCGACCGGCCCUGCUCGUCGUCAACAAGAUAGACUUGCCCGAAGCGAAACGCAACUACGAGCUCAUGAGGAAUGACUACGACAAUGUCAUCGGCGUGUCGGCCAAGUACGGGGUCAAUCUGCAGCAACUGCUGGCCGCCAUCAGGGCGAUAUACGAUGAGAAUGAUUUUCGUGAAUAAAUGGUUUUGUUGAAAAUGUUUUUGUCUGUUUUGUGGGUAGAUGAAGUUUAAUCAAAUAAAAUGUUUACAAAACUGAA